AUCAUAAUAAAGAAAACCCAAAGAAGCUCACAUCGAACUAUCCUGGAAAUGAACUCUCUCUCUCUUUAAUUUCCUUUCUACUUUCUCUCUAUAUAUAAUAUUAUUCUCAACCAAACCCUCAAUACUGAUGCAAAAAAAAAAAAAAAGAAGAACUAAACAAAACAAUAUACAACUCUCUCCCUAAAUAUAACUAAUAGUUAAUGGAGAACAUAUUAAGAAGAUCUAAAGACGCCAUUUUGGGCAACCUCAGAGGGCGGAGGAGUAAGACCACCGUAGAUGGGCGGUGCAAGAAGCACCCGAAACACCAACAGUCACCGGGCGUUUGCUCACUUUGCUUAAGUGAAAAACUGUCCCAGAUAAACCAUAUGAACCCCACCUCAUCAUCUCGUAGAACAUCCACCACCACCGGCUUUGGCUCUGCCUCUUCAACGACAUCUUCUUUGUCGUCGUAUUACUCCUCCGAGGAUGACGAUGAUGAUGAUGAUGAAGACUCACAAUGCUCAUCUCCCAUGCAAAAUUGUAGUACUACUAAAAAUAAUAAUUACGUGCUUAAGAAGAGCAGAUCGUUGGCUUUUGUUUCAAGAAAUAAAGAGGUACGUAGUAGUAAUGUUGCUACUACUCACGAUCAUCAUGAUGAUGAGAAGAGAGGGUUUUGGUCAAAGUUGAUUCAAUAUCCAAAGGUUAUUAAUUAUAAUAAAAAGCCAUCGAUGAGUAGUAGUCAUCGUGAUCAUCAAGCUCAAGCUCCUAAAUUCAUGCAUUCCAGAACAGUUGGAGAAAGAUCAUCGUUACAUCAAAUGGUGUAUUGAUCAUGAAUUCAUGAAAAAGAGAUUGUCAUGAUUAUCAUGAUUUAGUGUUAUUCCUUUCAAUUUUUUUUUUAAUUUUCUGUUAAUAAUGUUUUGAUUUUGUUUAAAGUUCAGUAUACAUAUAUUGUAAUUUAAAAAAUCAUGCAUAUAUAUAUACAGAUUGAGAUUAAUUAAGAAGGUAAUAA